AGUGGCCGGGACCUCCGGCUUUGUCAAAUAGAAGUUAGCAACAGCUACGUCAGGAUUUCGCUGUUGUGCAUAUGCUAAAAAAUAUUUUACCUAACUAAAUUAUACAAGUUCUCACGUAAGAUUUAUAACUUUUGACUCGGAGUAGAGGAGCUAAUACUUCGCCCAGCAUGAUAACAUCGGCGGCUGGAAUUAUUUCCCUCCUUGAUGAGGAGGAACCACAACUCAAGGUGUUUGCACUGCAGAAGCUGGACUACCUUGUCAAUGACUUCUGGGCAGAAAUUUCAGGAUCUGUUGACAAAAUCGAGGUCUUGUAUGAAGAUGAGACGUUCCGGAACAGAGAAUUUGCUGCUCUGGUGGCCUCUAAGGUUUUCUAUCAUCUUGGCGCCUUUGAGGAAUCGCUGAACUACGCACUUGGCGCUGGAGAUCUCUUCAAUGUCACAGAUGACUCUGAAUAUGUGGAAACCAUCAUUGCCAAAUGCAUUGAUCAUUACACCAAGUUGCGUGUGGAGAACGCUGAGCUGCCAGAGGAUGAGGAGAGGAAAAGUAUCGACCCUCGCCUUGAGGGUAUUGUCAACAAGAUGUUCCUGCGGUGCCUAAACGAUCACAAGUACAAGCAGGCCAUUGGCAUCGCCUUGGAAACGCGUCGCUUAGACAUGUUUGAGAAGACUAUCUUAGAAUCGAACGACGUCAGUGGCCUCCUUGCCUACAGUCUGAAGGUGUGCAUGUCCCUCAUGCAGAACAAGAAGUUCCGCAAUGAGGUGCUGCGGGUUCUGGUCAAGCUCUAUAUGAACCUGGAGAAGCCUGACUUCAUCAAUGUCUGUCAGUGCCUGAUAUUCUUGGAUGAUCCUCAAGCUGUUAGUGACAUCUUGGAAAAGUUGGUGAAGGAGGACAACCUACUGAUGGCCUACCAGAUCUGCUUUGACCUGUAUGAGAGUGCCAGCCAGCAGUUCCUCUCCUCUGUCAUCCAGAACCUGAGAACUGUAGGAUCACCGAUCCCCGCAGUUCCUGGCUCCACAAAUACUGGCACUGUGUCCACUCCAGACAAAGAAAGUGACGCAAUGGAGACAGAUGACAAAGCGGGUAGCUCCCCUGCAGGAAAACAAGCAGACACGAAAGAAGAGCCCAAAGACCAGAACGCCAAGAUGAUCAAAAUCCUCAGCGGGGAGAUGGCCAUCGAGCUACACUUGCAGUUCCUGAUUCGAAACAACAACACUGAUCUGAUGAUCCUCAAAAACACAAAGGAUGCUGUCCGAAAUUCAGUGUGCCACACGGCCACAGUCAUCGCCAACUCUUUCAUGCAUACAGGCACCACAAGUGACCAGUUCCUCAGAGAGAACCUUGAAUGGCUCGCGAGGGCCACCAACUGGGCAAAAUUCACAGCGACAGCGAGUCUUGGUGUUAUUCACAAGGGUCACGAAAAAGAGGCACUUCAGUUAAUGGCCACGUACCUGCCAAAGGACACGUCCCCUGGCUCUGCCUACCAGGAGGGUGGUGGUCUGUAUGCUCUUGGCCUCAUCCAUGCCAACCAUGGCGGCGACAUCAUUGACUACCUGCUCAGUCAGCUGAAAAGCGCCAGCAAUGACAUUGUUCGUCAUGGGGGGGCUCUUGGUCUGGGUCUCGCCGCAUUGGGAACCGCUCGACAGGACGUGUAUGAUCUCCUCAAGUCUAAUCUCUACCAGGAUGAUGCCGUCACUGGUGAGGCUGCUGGCCUGGCCCUGGGUCUGGUCAUGCUUGGCUCCAAAUCGGCUCAGGCCAUUGAGGACAUGGUGGGCUACGCACAAGAGACACAACACGAGAAGAUCUUGCGUGGCCUGGCUGUGGGGAUUGCUCUGGUCAUGUACGGGCGCAUGGAGGAGGCCGACGCCCUGAUUGAGAGUCUCUGCAGAGACAAGGACCCCAUCCUGCGGCGGUCCGGGAUGUACACCGUCGGCAUGGCUUACUGUGGCUCUGGGAACAACAAAGCCAUCCGACGCCUGCUGCACGUCGCUGUGAGUGACGUAAACGAUGAUGUCAGGAGGGCCGCUGUCGAGUCCAUUGGUUUCAUCUUAUUCAGAACUCCUGAGCAGUGUCCCAGUGUGGUGUCCCUGUUGUCGGAGAGCUAUAACCCUCACGUCCGUUGUGGUGCCGCCAUGGCUUUGGGCAUCUGCUGCGCUGGGACAGGCAACAAGGAAGCCAUUAAUCUGCUGGAGCCUAUGACCAAUGACCCGGUCAACUAUGUGAGACAAGGUGCUCUCAUUUCCUCCGCCCUCAUUAUGAUCCAGCAAACGGAAGUAACCUGCCCCAAGGUGAACCAAUUCAGACAGCUUUAUGCAAAGGUGAUCAAUGAUAAGCACGAUGAUGUGAUGGCCAAGUUUGGUGCCAUACUGGCCCAGGGCAUCCUUGAUGCAGGUGGACGUAACGUGACCAUCUCCCUGCAGUCCAGGACCGGCCACACACAUAUGCCAUCAGUAGUAGGCUUGCUCGUCUUUACCCAGUUCUGGUUCUGGUUUCCCCUCUCCCACUUCUUGUCCUUGGCCUUCACACCCACCGCCAUAAUUGGCCUCAACAAGGAUCUCAAGAUGCCCAAGGUGCAGUAUCGUUCCAACUGUAAGCCGUCUACCUUCGCGUACCCACCAGCGUUGGAGGUUCCCAAGGAGAAAGAGAAGGAGAAGGUAUCCACUGCUGUUCUCUCCAUCACGGCCAAAGCAAAGAAGAAGGAGAAGGAGAAGAAAGAAAAGGAGGAGGAGAAGAUGGAAGUGGAGGUGCAGGAGGGCGAGAAGGAGAAGAAGGACGAGGAGAAAGAGAAGAAGAAGGAGUCGGAGCCAAACUUCCAGCUCCUGGAGAACCCGGCCAGAGUGAUGCCGGCCCAGCUGAAAGUCCUUAACAUGCCCGAGAGCUGUCGCUACCAGCCCUUUAAACAGCUGCACACAGGCGGCAUCAUCAUCAUGAAGGACACCAGCGAGGAAGAGGAGGAGCUGGUGGAGCCCGUUCAUGCUCACGGCCCCAAAAUCGAGGAGGAGGAGCAGGAGCCCGAGCCGCCUGAGCCCUUCGAGUACAUCGACGAGUAGAAAAGAAAAGCUUCCACACCUCCUCCUCCUUUUCCUCCUCCUUCCCAUGUUUCCCCAUUGGCCUUUUUACAUGUUACCCUUGUAUCAGUUGUGUCAAUACAAUAAAAAGUCAUCCAUAA